AUGGCGUCGGCGAACAAAGAAAUGGCUGUUUACUGUUUCGACACUUUGGUCUCUCACUACAACAACGAAGAGACUCCUCCACCUGAAUUCGACGAGGCCAAUCAUCCAUUGUUUGUCACGUGGAAGAAGAUAGUGAAUGGUGGGGAGCCUCGAUUGCGUGGAUGUAUUGGUACUCUGGAAGCACGCCGCUUGAUCAGUGGCUUCAAGGAUUAUGCCUUGACUAGUGCCCUAAGGGAUCGUAGAUUCCCACCCAUACAGCCCAAAGAGCUGCCAUCUCUGCAAUGUACCGUCUCUGUCCUCACCGAUUACGAAGCUGCAGAAGAUUAUCUUGAUUGGGAGGUCGGAAAGCAUGGUAUCAUCAUCGAGUUCACCGAGCCUGGGACUAACGCAAGACGAAGCGCCACAUACCUGCCUGAGGUGCCAGCUCAUGAAGGAUGGUCGAAGAUUGAGGCAAUAGACUCGCUGGUGCGUAAAGCAGGAUACAACGGUGAGAUCACGGACUCGGUGCGUAGGCGAAUCAGUCUAACUAGAUACCAGAGCACAUUGUUCACCAUGCAUUACAGCGAGUACCUUUCUUACGUGAAGGCGACGAGAGGCGUUGCUCAUGGCAUUAAUGGAACCAGCAAGUCCUGA